CGUUAAUCCCGGAGUCCAUUUGGCGUCCUUUGUCCAGAUUCAAAUUUUCUUGAUUUCCCCCACGCGGCAUUUUCCGCGCUCUAAUUACUUCCAGCCUUUGUUCCUUGCCCUCGAGGCAGUUUCCAAGCCUAUUUCGUCCCAUUUUCCUUCCAAACGUCACCCUAGGUGCUUCUUCGAUUCUAGAAAUGCCAAGGAAGCGUAAGCAUUCGAGUGAAGAAGAAGAGGAGGAGGCAGAAGAAGUUGAAAAUAAUAUUCGAGCGAAGCGGCGCGCUGCUGUGGAGGCACGUGAUCGAGUAGCGGCUAAGGAAGGCGCGAGCGACGAUGAAGACGAAGAAGAUGACCUGGAUGAGGAGGAGGACGACGACAAAGAUGAAGAUUACGAAGGGGAAGGAGUAGGAGAUGAAGAAGGAGACGAGGAAGGUGAUGAAGAUGAUGAGGAAGAGGAAGAAAAUGACGGCGCUGGAGGAGCAGAGGGCGAAGAUGACGACGAAGACGAUGAAGAAGUCGAAGAUGAGGAACAAGAACCGGAUACAGUUGAAUGUAUUCUGGCUGAUUUGGAGGAACCAACGUCAGGUAUUUUAUCUAUUUAUUCAGCUAUUUUUUGUCUUAAUUUCCGAUAAGGUUGCAAAAUUUUUCCACGGCGCUUCGUAAAUUGCUAUUAUCCCUCGUUUCGUGAUCAAAUCGCGUGUUCAGUCGCGCGCGAUAGAACACGACUACAAGAUUUUGAUUGAAAUAUUGAGCUCGAGUUUAGCGUGUUUUCGAGAUAAAUGUUUUCCGCCGGAUCAUUAUUAGGAGAAAAAAGUUUAGACCGAUACGUAACCUAAAAAAGAAAUUCUCCGUGAUUUAGCUUGUGUGUUGUUGAAUCCCCUUUUGUCUCCUAACCGUCUUUUGUCAGGUUUACGCGGCGCACGUGGAAGAUUUUCUGUAGUGGGGAACGCUCUCAUGAUUUGGCAGAUCUUUUGGUUAUUUUGGCUAUUCUUUAUCGGCACAGCUGAUAAACUUGUGUUUUAAACCACUUCCGCUUGGAUUCUUGAUGUCAAAUUUAAUUUAUAAACAAAUAACUAGUGGUUUGAUUGUAAGUUGCCAAAGUACAAAGAAUUAAGCGUUAUUCUAUCUCAAAGCUUUAUAUCUUUGACGGAUAAGCGAAAAAUAGUUGUUUGCUGUCUUAGUCUUGUAAGUUCAUUAAUAUCAUCCUUUACUUAUAUGCAUGUGAUUAAGGAAGGCAUUAAAGAUGAAAUACUCUGUUGUGUGGCAUCUACCAAUAGUCUGUGGGUAGAUCGUUGCACUGACGUCAUAAGCUUCAAUCAUAUAAUUUUAAGUCUUUGACUUAGUCACUCAGAGGAGAUAACAUUUGUAAUACCGUUUGAAGAUUUAGCACCUAAUGUGUUAUUAUCCAAAUACACAGAUCUAAAAUUGGGGAAAGCAAAAUUUGUGUUUAAGAUAAACUUGAGAAUACCUUUAUCAAGACAUUAAGAGAUGCUAAAAUUAGGAUAAACUUUUCCAACGAUUUUGAACUCAAAGGAAUUAGAGGAUGGGUUUUGAUCUGUUUGAUAUUAACUCUGGAGACCUAGCAGUGAUCUGAAAUACCACCCUGUACACAUGAAAUAUUGUUAUGACCUAAUAGUUAUUAUGGUGAUAUGGUUCCUCUGAAAUUUCUCUUCUUGACCCUUUGAUCUUUUAAGGGCAACUAGUUUCUAAUUUCUCCUUCAGUAUCAUCCCUGAAUCACAUUAUGGUCAGGAGAAUAAGUGAAAUGAUCACUAACGAAAGAAACCCUUAAUUGUUGAAAAAAAAACUCGCCUUGUCAGCUUGCUAGGAAUUGUAUUAUGGAAGAUACAUGGGUGCAAGAAAUGAUUCUUUACACAAGGUUUGUAUUAUACAUCAGGCUUAAAAAUACUAUUUUUGAAAUUUUACAGAUACUCCAGGUUAUGUCUUAAAGAAAAAAGACAGCCCCAAGAAAAUGGAACUCUGUUUCAUGGGAGAAAUGAGGGAAACAUUGGUUGAUGUCACUGAAGCUUUUCAAGCACAUUUUGAGGAGAAGAAACUACCUGUUCUUCAGAUUACAAAAUUUGACAUGAUAGGAGAUACCAAUGAUACAACACAGGUAAGUUGCUGAGUGCAAGGUCUCAUUCAUUAACAUUGUUCAUGCAGGGUACCCAAUACUGUUAUUUCUUGUCUCAUCUGUAAAUUGCUAGUAAAGGCAGCCAAUCAGGUUGCCUGAUUCAAUCACAUGGCUUUUAAGUUGAGUCCUAGGAAUAAAGAGGGAAGGCAAGGUUUCCACACCCAGUGUAAAAACGUUUUUAAGUGUGCUCCUUAACUAUUAAUAAAAAACUGUUGUUAACUUUUGCUUGCAAUCAAAUUUGUAGCAAUGGGUAUAUAUUAUUGCCAGGUGUAUCAUAAACUUUAUUAGUGUUCUAGUAACAUGACAUUCAAAAGGCAUUAUAGUUCUUUGAAUAGUUUUCUUUGUACUCACUCAGUGGAUUGUUGUUCUUUAUUCACCAGGUUGAUGUUUUGGAGAUCAAAUAUGACAAGGCAUAUGGCAUCAGAGAAUUAGAUGAUGACAGUGAUGACAUACUUUCACAAAAUUUUUAUUGUGUUGUCAGAGUAGAAGGAAUUGAAGGCACUUGGGCUACACAAUAUUUUCUACCAGAACCUGAGGACUGAUUUGAACAGGGUUUAGGCAUGAUUGGGGGCAUAAGCUUUCAGAACUAGCAAAUCUGUAAAAAUGAAAAAGAAAACAUGCUUUUAGACCACAAAAAAUCUGAUGAUCUUGCUGUUUAGGUGAUACCUUUGUACUAGUUAAAAGCACAGUAUAAAGUGUGUUGUUCAAUUUUUUGUUGUGUUAUAAUGUAACCUGGUAUGUUUGUGGAGGUAGCUGUUAAUUUUGUCUGUUACUGUAGGUUUGAUGUAAGCUACACUUAAAAUUGCAAAUUAAUUUAGUUAGUAUUUGAAAUUUGGAAAGGCAGGUUAAUGUCCAACUAUGUCUGUGAGAUUAUUGCUUUGAAGCAAGGAUCACAAGUAACAUGUAUGUUUGUGGUUUUUUGGUAAACUUUGUAGUUUAGAUAUUUGUAAAAAAUAAAUAAAAGUUAAUAGACACUAUAUGGACAUUUGCUUGAUUUUUCUGAAGUAUAUCUGUAAUGCAAUUGUUGUUCUUCACCAUCUUGGGAAAAUUAUUUAAACACAAUACGAGUUGCCAUGUUCCUGAUGGACAUUUGUAGACUGGUGCCCAUGGUGAUGCUGCACAGAGGAAGCUUGAUAACCCUUUCUCUCCCAAAAUUGAAAUUGCAAAUUCUAUGCACUGUGUCCCAUAAGAGGCUAAUGCUUUCUGUUCUGAGAAUAUAAUCUUAAAGCAUAAGGCAUUCAUGCUUAGCUGACUCAAAAAUUUAAGAGUAAAAGCUAACACACAUUCCAACCAACUUAAAAGUGGAGAGAGAGAGCAAAGGAUGGAACCUGCAUUGGUUUUUACACAUAUACACAUUUAUAUCUUAUAAGGCAUUUUGGUGUGUAGU